AUGAGUCGGACCGAGGCCGAUUUGGCCAUCAAUAUCCGCAAGGCCACCAGUAUUGAGGAAACCGCUCCUAAACGAAAGCAUGUGCGGAGCUGCAUCGUCUAUACGUGGGACCACAAGUCGUCAGCGGCUUUCUGGGCUGGCAUGAAAGUGCAGCCUGUUCUCGCCGAUGAGGUCCAAACGUUCAAAGCUUUGAUCACGAUACACAAGGUCCUCCAAGAGGGCCAUCCCAUGGUUGUCCGCGAGGCGCAGCAGCAUACCAACUGGAUUGAUAGCUUGAUGCGAGGAGUUGGAGGCGAUGGCAUUCGAGGAUAUGCGCCGCUCAUUCGGGAGUACGUCUUCUUCCUCGAGUCGAAGCUGGCCUUCCACCGCAACCACCCUGAAUUCAACGGCCUGUUCGAAUACGAGGAGUACAUUAGUUUGAAGUCGAUCAAUGAUCCGAAUGAAGGCUACGAGACCAUCACCGAUUUGAUGGGUCUGCAAGACCAGAUCGAUUCUUUCCAAAAGCUCAUCUUCUCGAACUUCCAGUCCGGCACAAACAAUGAAUGCCGAAUCUCUGCAUUGGUGCCACUUGUGCAGGAGAGUUAUGGCAUCUAUAAGUUCAUUACCAGCAUGCUGCGAGCUAUGCACACAACCACUGGAGAUGACGAAGCUCUCGAGCCACUUCGGGGCCGGUAUGACGCCCAGCACCACCGUCUUGUCCGGUUCUAUUAUGAGUGCUCCAACCUGCGCUACUUGACAGGGCUCAUCACCAUCCCAAAGCUGCCACAAGAUCCGCCGAAUCUGCUUGCCGAGGACGAUGAACGGCCAGCUCUUCCCAGACGGCCUGCCAAAGAAACGGAAGCCCAGCCUUCUCCACCACCGAAGGUCGCAGCUGAACCAGAGCCGAUCAACGAUUUCUGGACGAACGAGGCCAAACGCCAGCAAGAAGAGUAUGAGGCAGAGCAACGACGUCUGCAGCAACAGUGGGAGGACCAGCAACGACAGCAAGUUCUCGCCCAACAGCAGGCCCAGAACGACUUCGAGGAGCAGCAGCGUCUGCAGGCGGAACAGCAGCGACUUGCUCAGGAGCAGCUUCUCCGCGAUCAAUAUCAGACACAAACCCAGGGUCGCCUGGCAGAGCUGGAGCAGGAAAACCUCAACGCUCGUGCUCAGUAUGAGCGCGACCAGCUGAUGCUGCAGCAAUAUGACCGCCGUGUCAAGGAGGUCGAAGAGCAGAUGGCCCAUCUGACCUCGAACUUGAAUUUGCAGAAUGCCUCGAAAGACGAGCAGAUUAGAUCCCUUCAGGAGCAGGUGAACACCUGGCGGUCCAAGUACGAGGCACUGGCCAAGCUAUACUCGCAGCUUCGACAGGAGCACCUUGAUCUUCUGCAGACCACAAAGAGCCUCAAGCUCAAGGCAGCAUCUGCACAAGAGGCAAUUGACCGAAGAGAGAAGCUGGAGCGCGAGCUGAAGACCAAGAACUUGGAAUUGGCCGAUAUGAUCCGGGAACGUGACCGUGCUCUGCAUGACCGGGAUCGCGUGACGGGAACCAACAAGGACGAACUGGAGAAGGUCAAGCGCGAGCUCCGUAUGGCCCUUGAGCGUGCUGAGAAUGCCGAACGUUCAAAGGGCACCGAGAUUUCGUCCAUGCUGUCUAAGUAUAACCGCGAAAUGGCCGACCUAGAAGAGUCUCUCCGACUCAAAACGCGCGCAUUGGAAGAACACGCCAGCCGCAACAAUGACCGCCAGGAAGACCUUGAUCUGGCCCUUCGUGAGAAGGACGAGGAGAUCGAGGUGUACAAGUCUGGUAUGGAGCAAGCUCUCAUGGAGCUGGAGGAGCUGAGACUGAGCCAAGGCGAUGUCGAUCACGCGUUGGACAGCCAGAUUGAUACUGUGCUGCACGGCGCAGUCGCGAAGAUUAACGACAUCAUCGACUCCGUGCUGCAGACUGGUGUGCAGCGCGUCGAUGAUGCUUUGUAUGAACUCGAUUCAUCCAUGCAGGCGGGUAACCAGAACGCCUCUCCUCCAUACGUGCUGUCUCAAAUCGAGAAGGCGUCAGCAUCUGCCACUGAGUUCUCAACAGCUUUCAACAACUUCAUCGCCGAUGGCCCCAACAGCCCCCAUGCAGAGAUUAUUCGCACCGUAUCCAUCUUCUCUGGGUCUGUCUCCGAUGUUUUGAGCAACACCAAGGGUCUCAUGCGCUUCGCCACCGAUGACAAGAGCUCUGAUCAACUUACGAAUGCUGCACGCAAGUCCGCCCAGGCGACCGUGCGAUUCUUCCGAGGCUUGCAGUCCUUCCGUCUCGAAGGCCUGGAGCCCCUGCAGAAGACUGAUGUGGUUAUCAACAACAACCUUGAAGUCCAGCGUGACUUGCAGGCGCUGUCGAAGCUGGUUGACUCGUUCGCGCCCAAGAACACCAAGAUCAGCACCAACGGUGAUCUAGGUGACCUUGUUGACCAGGAACUGCUCAAGGCCGCAGAUGCUAUUGACGCAGCCUCUCAGCGUCUCGCCAAGCUCAAGAACAAGCCCCGUGAUGGAUACUCGACGUACGAGCUGCGCAUCAACGAUGUCAUCCUUGCUGCCGCCAUUGCCGUCACCAACGCCAUUUCUGAGUUGAUCAAGGCCGCCACAGAGAGCCAGCAAGAGAUUGUCCGUGAAGGCCGUGGCAGCUCAUCUCGCACUGCCUUCUACAAGAAGAACAAUCGCUGGACAGAGGGUUUGAUCUCCGCUGCGAAAGCAGUGGCCUCUUCCACCAACACAUUGAUUGAGACUGCCGAUGGAGUUAUCUCGGGCCGUAACUCGCCCGAGCAGCUGAUCGUCGCCUCCAACGAUGUCGCUGCCAGCACUGCCCAACUUGUCGCCGCCAGUCGUGUCAAGGCCACAUUCAUGAGCAAGACCCAGGACCGCCUGGAGACCGCCAGCAAGGCUGUUGGUUCCGCUUGCCGUGCCCUCGUGCGACAAGUGCAGGACAUCAUCAAAGAGAAGAACCGCGACACCGAUGAGGGAGAGGACUAUGGAAAGCUGAGCUCGCACGAAUUCAAGGUUCGCGAGAUGGAGCAACAGGUCGAAAUCCUUCAACUCGAAAACAAUCUCGCUCGUGCACGCCAGCGCCUUGGCGAAAUGCGCAAGAUCUCAUACCAGGAGGAGUAA